AUGGAGGUUCCUAACAGCGUCUUCGGCACGAGCAGACGCUGCUUCUCCACCACAGCUGCUCGCCUACAUAAACCCAACGCACGUAAACAGCUCGCUGGUUCGGGCAACGUUCCACAGCGUGCCGGUAUUGCCAACGACAAGCAGGUCUUUUUAGACUGGAAUGCGCGCAAGACGUCGGUAUUCCAUCAUUUCUGGCUGCGUGACCAUUGCCACUGCGAGCAAUGCUACCAUGCCACAACUCGACAGCGACUGGUAGACACGUUCUCUAUUCCGCGCGACAUUUCACCCGCGGCGGUUGACAGCACAUUGGAGGGACUCGAGGUGACCUGGCCAGACGGGCACCGUUCCAAAUACGCGUGGGACUGGCUCCACACGCACUCGUAUAGCCCGGUUCUGCGCACGAACGAGCCAUUACAAGGCAAGAAACCGGUUCUGUGGGACGCUCAGUCGCUUGACCCCUUGCCAAUAGUCCAGCACGACGCUGUCAUGGAGUCCGACGACGGAUUGCGUCAAUGGUUGAACAAUCUCGAAGUAUAUGGUAUCGGCUUUGUGGACGGUGUACCGACCACCGUGGAAGCAACCGAGGCAUUGGCAAGACGCGUCUCUUUCUUGCGCGAGACGCAUUAUUCAAAGGGCAUGUGGUCGUUCACGGCUGAUCUGGCUCAUGCCGACACGGCCUAUACUACACUAGCAUUAGGCGCGCAUACAGACAAUACCUAUUUCACCGAGCCUUCUGGUAUGCAAAUGUUCCACAAGCUUGAGUUCAACGGUGAAGGUGGUGAUUCCUUGUUUGUCGAUGGAUUCAAUGUCGCCAAGCAGCUCAAAGAAAAAUCUCCCGAGGCUUACCGCACCUUGUCAUCCGCUCUGGUCCCUACUCACUCGGCCGGCGACGAAGAUGUCUUAAUCGUACCAACUCCACGUGCUUAUCCCAUUCUCAACCAUGGUCCCGAUGGUGAGAUUUAUCAGGUGCGAUACAAUAAUGACGAUCGUUCAACCAUGGACCAUUUGAGCUCUAACCAGCUCGAAGCGUUCUAUGAUGCUUUGUUCAUGUGGAACGAUUUGCUCAAGAAGCCAGAGAACGAAUUGUGGGAACCAUUAGCACCAGGUCGUGUCGUUUUGUUUGAUAACUGGCGUGUGCUCCAUGGACGCAGUGCGUUCACAGGCCAUCGCCGUAUCUGUGGCGCUUAUUUCCCUUGGGAUGAUUAUAAAAGCAAGGCUAGAACGCUUCGCUUAACAUCUGAGGAUAAGGACAGACUCUUGUAA